AUGCCUCCCAUUCCGUCGAAGUCGCCCCUCCCCCGCCUCAUCACAUACUUCCAGACUCACCACGACUCGGACGGCAACGCCAUCUCGGUGCUGCCGCUCAUCACCCAGCCCGGCAUCUCGCUCACGCACCUGAUCCUCGCCGCCAUCCACAUAAACGAUGAUCCCGCCGCGCUCACGCUGAACGACCACCACCCGUCGCACCCCCGGUUCCAGACUCUCUGGGCCGAGCUGCGGGUGCUGCAGGCCUUGGGCAUCAAGGUCAUGGGCAUGCUGGGCGGCGCCGCUCCGGGCAGCUAUCAGCGCCUGGACGGCUCAGCCGAGCAGUUUGAGCGCUACUACACGCCCGUGCGCGACCUGAUCCGCGAGCAUGCCCUGGACGGGCUGGACCUCGACGUCGAGGAGGAGACCAGCCUCGACGGCAUCAUCCGCCUCAUCGACCGGCUGCGCAGCGACUUUGGCCCGGCGUUCAUCAUCACGCUGGCCCCCGUCGCCGCCGCCAUGCUCGACUUCACCAAGAACCUCAGCGGCUUCGACUACGAGGCGCUCGAGGUGAUGCGCGGCAAGGACAUUGCCUGGUACAAUACGCAGUUCUACUGCGGCUGGGGCGACUGCAGCAACCCGCUCAUGUACAACAUGAUGCGGUACAAGGGCUGGCCGCCGGAGAAGCUCGUCAUCGGUCUGGUGACCAACCCUGAGAAUGGCAACGGCUUUGUGCCCUUUGAGAUGCUCGGCGGGGUUCUGAAUGUCCUCGGGGCGGCGCAUGGCAAGCAGUUUGGGGGCGUCAUGGGCUGGGAGUAUUUCAAUAGCAUGCCUGGAGGUCGGGAGCGGCCCUGGGAAUGGGCCAAGUUCAUGACGGGUUUACUUAGAGGUCACUCCUUGGAGCCUGAGAAGAAGGAGAUAGAGCCUGAGAGGAAAGAGGAAAAGACAAAAGCUUCUGUAGAAGUUGAUGCGGAUUCGCCUGAUGGCGCUCCCCCACAGCUUCCCAAAGCAUUCGAAUAUCACUCGGAGGGACUCGAGGAAGAUUAG